AUGAAUGAGGAAGAAGCGAUUCAGACCAUUCACAAGAAGAUCGAGCGCGAAAAGGCCCUUAUCAACGCCGCCAAUGCUAUGCGUGCCCAGACCAACAACGAAGCCGUCCGCUCCCGUCUCGACAGCCAGAUCCGCGACGGUCGUCGCAACGUCGGCUUCUUCGAAGAGAAACUGCGCGACAUCCAGGUGCGCCGCGCGAGCUCGGCCAUGGACCGCAUGUCGCUCAGCGGUCCGAGUGGACGAGAUGGAGAGUCUGCCCCCGCGCCGCCGCCCAAGGAUGCUUCGGGCUAUGGGGAUCGCGGGAACUAUGGCGAGGCCAACUACAGCCAAAUUGGGCAACAUGGCGACCUCAUGCCACCCCGUCACCCGUAUGCGCCCCCAGCGCCGGGCAGCGGCAUGCCCAAGGCCAGGCCCAACUUCACCAAGCUGGACCUCAUUAAAUACGACAACCCAUACCUGGGCCCUCGCAUCCAGCUGAUGCUGUCCCAGCUCCAGUUCAAGCUCAACGUUGAGGAGCAGUACCUCAAGGGUGUCGAGAAAAUGGUGCAACUGUACGGCAUGGAUGGCGAUCGCAAGAGCAAGGCGGAUGCGGCUGCAAGGAGAGUGGAGAGCAAGCAGAAGAUUGUUCUCUUGAAACAGGCGCUCAAGGGAUACGAGGAGCUGCACAUUGACAUGGACUCGAGCGACAACCAGGACGACGACUCGAUCAACAUGCCCAACAUCCGCAAGCCGCUGAGCGGUCAGCUUGCCAUCCGCGUCAUGGCCGUCAAGGAUGUUGACCACGCGACCACCGGACGAUUCGCCCGCGGUCCCGAGACCUUUGUGGCGGUCAAAGUGGAAGACACCGUCAUGGCGCGGACACGAGUGUCACGUACCGAUCGUUGGGAAGCCGAGUACCAUACCAUUGACGUGGACAAGGCCAAUGAGAUUGAGCUGACCGUGUAUGACAAACCAGGGGAGCACCCGCUGCCCAUCGGCCUGCUUUGGGUCAGGAUAUCGGACAUUGUCGAGGAGAUGCGUCGCAAGAGGAUAGAAGCGGAGAUGAAUAGUUCUGGCUGGGUCUCUGCCGACAGAAUGGGCAACUCGGGAGCAGGCCCUAGCGCCCCGUCGCAAUUCCCCAUGAGCCCCUCAGCCGGAUCGUUUGCUGGCGCAGGAGGUCCUCAGUCCCCCGGCGCUGGUCCUCCAGGCAGCGCCGCCUACGGUGCUCCGGGGCCGCAGCCACAAGUCGUCACUGGACCGAUCGAUGGCUGGUUCAACCUCGAGCCAGCUGGACAGAUUCAGCUGCAGAUGAGCUUUGUCAAGACAAAUGCGGACCGCCGUCCAGUCGAUCUCGGUCUCGGCAGAAAGGGCGCCGUCCGCCAGCGCAAAGAGGAGGUGCACGAGAUGUACGGCCACAAGUUCGUCCAGCACCAGUUCUACAACAUUAUGCGCUGCGCGCUGUGCGGAGACUUCCUCAAGUACUCGGCUGGUAUGCAGUGCGAGGAUUGCAAGUACACCUGUCACACAAAAUGCUAUACCAGCGUUGUGACAAAGUGCAUCAGCAAGAGCAACGCGGAGACGGACCCGGACGAGGAGAAGAUCAACCAUCGCAUUCCUCAUCGCUUCAACCCCUAUUCAAACAUGACUGCCAACUGGUGCUGCCACUGUGGUUAUAUCCUGCCCUUUGGCAAGAAGAAUUGCCGGAAGUGCUCCGAGUGCGGUCUUACCUCUCACGCGCAGUGCGUGCACCUCGUUCCCGACUUUUGCGGCAUGUCCAUGGCUGUCGCAAACCAGAUCCUCGAGGGUAUCCGAGUUCAGAAGAAGAGACAGGCCAACGCCACCUCCAUGACCGAGCGUACACUGCGGCCAGGCAAAGCCAGUCCUACGAACACGCACUCUCCCUCACCGUCGUACUCGGGCUCGACAACGGGUGGCUAUGCGCCGCCACCAUCGUCAGAGGCCGCUGAAGCCGCCAAGGUCAUGUACAGCCAGCCUCAAUCCCAGCAGAGGCCACCCGGGCCGGAUCGCACGUCGAGCUCCGCGGCAGCCGCGGCAGCAUCAGCGGCAAUGUACUCGCCACAGAGCCAGCAGCAGCCACAGCGCCCUGUGCAACAGCCGAUGCACAGCUAUGACUCUCCAGCGCGGCCUGACGAUGUCCAUGCGCCAACUGACCUCGGACAGCAGCAGCAGCGCAAGUACAACCCCCAGGACUAUGCCAACGUCCACCAGGGCUAUGCCAGUCCGCCGCCACAGCAGCCUCAGCCUCAGCCUCAGCCUCAGCCUCAGCCUCAGCCCGUGCAGCCGCAGCGACCUCCUCCCCAACAGGUCCAGCCCACGCCGCCGCCUCAACAGCAGCCCCCGGCGCCCGCGCAAUCACCGCAAACCGCGUAUCCUCCGUCGUUCCCCGCCCCGUCGCCCACUGGCACGGAGCCCGCGGGGGCACCGCUCCAGAUCACUGGUCCCAAUCAGUUAUCGACGCAGCGCAAACCGUUGCCCUUGGCCACUGAUGCCGGCACUGGCAAGCGCAUCGGUCUCGACCACUUCAACUUUCUCGCAGUCUUGGGUAAGGGUAACUUCGGAAAGGUCAUGCUGGCCGAGACGAAGCGCUCGCGGCGACUCUUCGCCAUCAAAGUGCUCAAGAAGGAGUUCAUCAUUGAGCAUGAUGAGGUGGAAAGCAUCCGCUCCGAGAAGCGCGUGUUCCUGGUAGCCAACCGCGAGAGGCAUCCAUUCCUGACUAACCUGCACGCUUGCUUCCAAACCGAGACCCGUGUCUAUUUCGUCAUGGAGUACAUUAGCGGUGGUGAUCUCAUGUGGCAUAUUCAGAGGGGUCAGUUUGGCACAAAGCGAGCGCAGUUUUACGCGGCCGAGGUGUGCUUGGCCCUCAAGUACUUCCACGAGAACGGCGUCAUCUACCGUGACUUGAAGCUUGACAACAUUCUCCUUACGCUAGACGGCCACAUCAAGAUUGCCGACUACGGUCUCUGCAAGGAGGACAUGUGGUACCGCUCCACGACGAGCACGUUCUGCGGCACGCCCGAAUUCAUGGCCCCCGAGAUCCUUCUGGACAAGAAGUAUGGCCGAGCGGUCGACUGGUGGGCGUUUGGUGUCCUCAUCUACCAGAUGCUGCUGCAGCAGUCACCGUUCCGAGGCGAAGACGAGGACGAGAUCUACGACGCGAUUCUCGCUGACGAGCCUCUCUACCCGAUCCAUAUGCCUAGAGACUCUGUGUCGAUCCUGCAGAAGCUCCUGACCCGCGAGGUGGACCAGCGUCUGGGCAGUGGGCCGACAGAUGCGCAGGAGAUCAUGUCCCAGCCGUUCUUCCGCAACAUCAACUGGGAGGACAUUUACCACAAGCGCGUGGCGCCGCCCUUCCUGCCGCAAAUCAAGAGCGCCACAGACACGAGCAACUUUGACUCUGAAUUCACGAGCGUGACGCCUGUUCUGACACCCGUUCAGUCUGCCAUGCAGGAAGAAUUCCGGGGCUUCUCGUAUACUGGAGACUUUGAUUAG